AUGAAUGGAAGUGCUGAUGUUAUUUUAGCUCUUUUAGCUUCAGGAGUUGAUGCAGAUGCUAAAACUGAAAAUGGCUAUAAUGCAAUUCACUAUGCUGCAUCAGCAUCUUUGUCAUCUGUGAUAGAUCCGCUGUUAUUAUCUGGUGCUGAUAUAGACUGUGCAGCAAAAGAUGGCACAACGCCUUUGCAUAUUGCUGCAAAAUUAAAUGCCUUUAAUUUUGCAAAUGCUUUGAUUAGCUUCGGAGCUAAUGUUAAUGCUCAAGAUAAUACUGGCUCAACGCCACUUCAUUAUGCCAUUGCAAAUUCCCAUUUUAAUGUUGCAAAGAUUUUAUUAUCUAAUGGUGCAGAUGAUUCCAUCAGAAACAAUGGAGGACAAACUGCUUCUGAUACAGCUCCUGUUCCUAUGAUUAACCAGACAAGAGCAUUCUUUGCAAAUUGGGAAGAUUGGGAUGAAAUGGUAGAGUCCAUAGAAAUUAAGUAA